UAAAACGAAGGAAAUGGCCAUUUGCUAUGAUACAGAGAUCGUAUACAAUUGAGAAGAUCUAGUUAUGGAUAGCCGUGCGAACUGACAAUAAAUACCUAUUCACCAGGAUGAAAUUCGCCGCCACCAGCUUAAUAUCGGAGACGCUUAACAGAGCUAAGUUAACAGAGAAAAUUAAAAAACAGGUGCCAUGAGUAACAAGCAACGAAGAACUCGUACGAAUUUUACCUCUGAACAAUUAAAUAAUCUCGAAAAGCUUUUUGAGGAAACACAUUAUCCCGACGCUUUUAUGCGAGAAGAAUUGAGCCAGCGACUUGGACUAAAUGAAGCAAAAGUGCAGGUCUGGUUCCAAAAUCGAAGAGCAAAAUGCCGCAAGCGAGAGGGCAACCUGCACAAAGAUAUUAAUCCAAAUCCUCUCGGUCAUAGCCCUUUGGAGGCAUAUGCGAAUAGUAAAGAUUAUCCCUUAGGACUCCGUGUUUUGCAUCGAAGCAUAACGCAUUCCGGCGGUCCAAAAUUUAAAGGAGAAUGGUUAGCGGAAAGUUCGUUAAGUGUGCCAAAGCAGACAUCUUUAAUAACUACACCUAUUUCGUCAUCUAUCGAAUCACCCUUUAUUUCUACGGCUGUCAAACAGUGCGCUGCUGUUAUUGACAACUCUUCACCAAAAAGUUGGAUUCCUGUGGGCCCAAAUCCAUUCGAUCUAGCAGCCAUAGCAUCAGUCUACAGCAAAAAAUUCAGUCUUGUGGAUUUGCGAAUCAAGGCAAAACGGUAUGCAGAAUCAUCCAAGGAUAUUGCAGAUGACACCAAUUUAUUGGAUAUUUAG